AAGUCGGGAAGGCAUAAGGAGAAGUCCAAACUCCACUCUGAUUCUGAUCUGAACCUAAACCCAAACCCAACGCUCCGCCCGGUGCAUCCCGUUCCCGUGCGGCUCUCGCGAACCGGCGCGUUGCCGCUUUAAAUAGCACGCGGCAGCGGCGGCGGAGGGGGCGAAGACGACGACGACGACGACGCUCCUCGAGAGCGCGGUCACGUGCUCCGCGGUGCCUCAGCUGGACGCGCGCGCGCGGGGCGCUGUGUUGACACUGUAAGCCGCUCCUCCGGCGCUAUAAAGCGCAGAGGAGGGGGGCGAUGACGGGCCACUGAACGCGGCCGCGGAGAUGCGCUCGCUCGCCCUGCUCGUGCUCGCGGCCGCGGUGGGCGAAGCGGCGGCUCUGGGCGCGGCCCCGGCGCGUGCCCCCGCCGCAGCCUCCCUCCGUCCUGCCCGGGAAGAUGCUGAGGAGGCGGUGGCGGUGGCGGUGGCGGUGGCGCUGCCCCGGUCCGCGGACCCGGCGGCGGUGGAAGCCGCCGGGGACGAGGCGCACGGGGACGCGUCCAGCCACCACCAGCACGGCGGGGGGUACAAGAUCGUGCAGUGGGAGUGGAGCUACGUGCAGACCCCGUACAUCAUCGCCAUCUGGAUCCUGGUGGCGAGCGUGGCCAAAAUACUGUUCCACUUUUCCCAGCGCGUCACCACCGUGGUCCCCGAAAGCUGCCUGCUCAUCCUUCUCGGCCUGGUGCUGGGGGGGGUCGUGCUCAUUGCCAGCAAGAAGCAGCUGUACCAGCUGGACCCCGGGCUCUUCUUUCUCUUCCUGCUCCCCACCAUCGUCGGCGAUGCCGGCUACUUCAUGCCCAGCCGACUGUUCUUCGACAACCUGGGCGCUAUCCUAAUGUAUGCCGUGGUUGGAACCCUGUGGAACGCCUUCUGCACGGGCUUCUGUCUCUACGGGAUGAAGCUGGCAGGAGUGAUAGAUGAGAAGGUAGAGGGUGGCAUGAUGGAGUUCCUGCUGUUCGGAGCGCUGAUCUCUGCGGUGGACCCAGUGGCAGUGCUCGCUGUGUUUGAGGAGGUGCACGUCAACGAAACCCUCUUCAUCAUCGUUUUUGGCGAAUCGUUGCUCAACGAUGCCGUCACUGUGGUGCUGUACAAGGUUUAUAUUUCCUUUGUGGAGGUGGGCCCCGGCAACGUGCAGACGGCCGAUUACUUCAAAGGAGUCGCCUCCUUCCUUAUUGUCAGCAUUGGGGGCACCAUGGUGGGCCUCAUCUUUGCUGUCAUCCUGGCCUUCAUCACACGCUUCACCAAGCGGGUGCGCAUCAUCGAGCCCCUCUUUGUCUUCCUGUUGGUCUACCUAGCCUACCUGACGGCGGAGCUCUUCUCCCUCUCCGCCAUUCUGUCAAUGACCUUCUGCGGUAUCGGCACCAAAAAGUACGUGGAGGCCAACAUUUCACAGAAGUCUCGCACCACCGUCAAAUACACGAUGAAGACCCUGGCCAGCAUUGCAGAGACCAUCAUUUUCAUCUUCCUGGGCAUCUCUGCCGUGGACAAGUCCAAAUGGGCCUGGGACACAGGCCUGAUCUCCUGCACACUCAUCUUCAUCUUUGUCUUCAGGGCCCUGGGUGUUGUGGGGCAGACCUGGGUACUGAACUGGUUCAGACUGGUUCCCCUGGAGAAGAUCGAUCAGGUGGUGAUGUCGUACGGCGGCCUGCGGGGAGCUGUCGCUUUUGCGCUGGUGGUCCUGCUGGACGGGAAGCAGGUGAAAGCCAAAGACUACUUUGUGGCAACGACAAUUGUGGUGGUCUUCUUCACGGUCAUGUUCCAGGGUCUGACAAUCAAGCCGCUUGUGAAGUGGCUGAAGGUGCCGCGCAGCACGAACCGCAAGCCCACCCUCAACGAGGAGAUCCACGAAAGAGCCUUUGACCACAUCCUGGCUGCCGUUGAGGACAUUGCCGGCCUGAAUGGCUACCACCACUGGAGAGACAAGUGGGAGCAGUUUGACAAGAAUUAUCUGAGUAAGCUGCUGAUGCGGAAGUCUGUGUACCACAAAGGCGAGCUCUGGGAGGUCUACCAGAAGAUCAACAUCAGAGACGCUAUCAGUGUCAUCGAUCAGGGUGGCAAUGUGCUGACCUCUGCCAGGCUCUCUCUGCCCUCCAUGGCCAGCAGGACAUCCUUCUCAGAUGUCACCAAUGUUACCAGCUAUCUGAGAGAGAACGGUAGCGGUGUAUGCCUGGACCUGCAGGUGAUUGACCCGGUCUCGGGUGGGAAGCUGGAGGAGGAGACAGAAACACACCACCUGCUCACAGGGAACCUGUACAAGCCUCGACGAAGGUAUCAUGCCCACUACAGCCGUCACUUCAUGACCAUGGGUGACAAGGAGCGGCAGGAUCGGGAGGUGUUCCAGAGGAACAUGCGGAGCCGUCUCGAGUCCUUCAAGUCCACACGGUACAAGGGGAAGACUCGGCACAAGAAGGAGCGCAGCCAAAAAAAGCGAAAGGGUUCCGAUGCAAAAGAGCAGGACGCCAACGGCAAACCAAGGAGAAACGUCAGCUGGCAGGACACAGAUCCGGUGGUGGCCCCCUUGGAAUCGGAGGAGGAGAAGAGCGAGGAUGAGCCGGAGAAGGACGAUGAUGUGGGCAUCACCUUCGUGGCAAACAAGAACGACCUUCCAAAGGAGUCUCCAAAGGAGCGGCCCAAAUCAGUCCCCGGCACACUGGAAGUGUGUCAGAGCCCUGCGGUGAUCCCCCCAUCCCCCACCUGCGCCGAGAAACACCUGCCAUGGAAGGGGGGUGGCGGCACGCUUCCUGUCUGUGUCUCCAUGGAGACCACGAAGAUCAUCCCCAUUGACCUGCAGCAGGCCUGGAACCAAAGCAUUUCCUCCCUGGAGAGCCUGGCGUCUCCACCAGCACCGGCUGAGCCUCAGCACCCGCGGGUCAGAACCCUCGGCAGGGUGGAGGCGGCGGCCCGAGGAGGGAAUGGGGCGAGCGCGGGGGCCAAAGGAACUGGUGGCGGUGGCGGCAGCGGUCUGGCCCAGAGUUCCCAGUUCCAGUUCCCCAGCGAGGAGGACGAGAGUACUCAGACCCUGCAGGAGCAGGAGACGCAGCCCCUCAUGUCCUCUGUGAGACCGCCACCCCCGCCCCCUCCGUCAUCCUCCUCUCAAGUGACAGGGAGGAGGCCUCCCUCCUUCAACAGGAACCCCUGCGUGUACCUAAGGAGUCUGGUGGCGGCGCCACCUGCUGGAAGCGAGCCCCGCAGCAGAGGACCGACGCAGCUCUAGGCGUGGCCUCGUCUAGGCCCCGCCCACUCCUGCGUCAGCCCGCUGGCCGAGGGCGUCCGCGCCGCCGCUCCGUUUAGCCUCACUUCAUCCGUAACUGUCUUCUGCUGCAGCUCUCUUUGCCAAACUGCAUCUCAGCCUCUAGAAUAACUUGUAUGGCUCUGUGCGGUUCUGCUUGAGUGUGGAGUCCCAGAUGCUCUAGUUACUCGGACAUUAUCUGCAAAUGAAAUUUUUUCAUUCGUAUCUGCCUUUGGCCUAACGUUCAUCGAUGCAGAUGUACCGCAACACACAGAUCUGACAAGGACAUUCAGAAAUUGGCAAUACUAUAGAGCUGUUAACAAAGCUCAUCUAUACAGAUGGUAUAAUGGGGGCAGCAGGGGGCGUAGUGCUUAGAGCUGCCUAUUUGCUCUGUAAUGACCCAGGUACGAAUACCGUGUCCUGCUGUAGUACCCUUGAUCAAGGUACUUAACCUCAGCUGACACUAUAAAAAUUACGCAGUUGCAUUAAUGAAUAUAUCACUGUAAGAAAUGUAACCCUGUAAAUCACUUUGGAGAAAAGUGAGAAAUAAAUAAAUCUCACCGAGGGCCUCGUAUCCUUAUACAGUGCUGUUUGAAAGUAUCUGAACCCUUUACAGAUGUUCAUUAUUCUUGUAAAAAUAUGACUAAAAAAAUCUAUAAAACCUCAAUGUUGAAUGUUAAAAUAA